CCUGGACUUCGAUCGGCCCGAUAACAUUAAUGUGCAUGCUUCCCGUCGGUGUUCAGGACCACAAAAUCCCCCCCGUUGCAGGCACACAGAAGAGGACCAUAUAAUAUUAUAUCUUUGAUACGCCAUGCAAGAUACGCCAUGCAAGAUAUUCUCGCAAAUGUCGUCUUUGAACCUCAAACCGAACAUUACACGACAAGCCGAUUUUAACCAAACCUCGAAACCAGCAAUGAAAGCAGCGCUCACAGACACUUUCUACCCGUCUUUCUAUCUUGUCACAAGAGCGCCCAUACCCGACGAUACUAAAAAUUCAUUCCGCGCCGGGCACCAACACGAGUCAAUAGCGGCGUCCGGUGUCUUUGCAGACCAUGUUCACGGAAGUCGGCAAAGACCGCUGCAUGGCUGCUCGACUACGAAGACACAGCACGACUACCGCCUCAGACCAAAAUCGACGAGACAUCCAGAAGGGCACUGUGAUCAGUUUCCAGCGCCUCCAAAAGCAUGGGAGUGCUGUGGCUGUAACCAGAAGUUCUACAACUUUGAAAAGCAAUGCAAUUUUUGCGCAACGUUGUUUUGCAAAGACUGUAAGAAGAUCCCAUGGAAAUGAGCGUUGGGAACGUGCUAUCAUCAAUGGCAUUGGAGGCCGACAUGUUGAUAUCAUUUAGACGUAGAGUAGUAUGCUCGGUUGGGUGCAACUUUGUUACACACUAGAAGCUGUGACUUGAUACGAGCAAAUACACGUGACUUCCACGAUGACGCCAAAAGUGAUCGAGGGAGCUUGAGGAAGAGAGGGGGAGGUCGGCGGACCGUCUGAUACAUAAGUGAAGAACAUGCGGCUACUUACAGCCCUGUCAGAACAAUGCCAACGCGUUCGGCGGGGUGAGAAUGAGGGCGAACUUGUUUAAUACGAUGCCGUUGUAAAAGCACCCAGACUUGGGGUCCGCAAAA